AUGGAACAGCACCAGCAUCAGCAGCAGCAACAACAACACCAGCAGCAACAGCAGCAGCAGCAGCAGCGGCAGCAGCAGCAGCAGCAGCACUUUCUCCGCAGUCUCUCCCUGCAGCGUGCCCUUAGCCCAGUAACAGAAAGAAGUCGCUUUGCCUUCCGCAGCGAUGCUGCUCCUUCAGCCUUGCUGCAGCAGCAGCAGCAGCAGCAACAGCAGCAGCAGCAGCCUCGCUUUGUUAGAGGAUGCACAUUCCCCUUACCUCCUGCUGCACCAGUCGGUUUGCUGCAGCAGCUGCUGUGGCAACAGCAGCAGCAGCAGCAGCAGCAGCAGCAGCAGCAGCGUCCAGUCACCGCAUACCGAGCUUCUACAACCCCACCAGCAACCCCAGUAGCUGCAUCAGCACCUGCAGCAGCAGCAGCAGCAACAUCACCUACAGCAGCAGCAGCAGCAGCAGCAGCAGGACAGAAUAGCUAUAUACGUAGGGUAAUGGGGGACAAUAUGUGGUGUAUAUGCAAGGGGCCCCCCUUACCUCCUCCUGCUGCUCGUCUCCCUCGUCGUCUGCUGCAGCAGCAGACUAGCUUUAUUAAGAGAGAAACAGCAGCAGCAGCAGCUGCUGCUGCUGCUGCAGCAACAGCAACAGCAACAGCAGCAACACCAGGAGGUCUUACCGUCUAUGUACAUCUUAAUAAUAACAGCAACAGCAACAGCAGCAGAAACAGCAGCAGCAGCAACAGCAGCAGCAACAGCAGCAGCAGCAGCAACAACAACAGCAGCAGCAGCAGCAGCACAAUUAGUGUGUAUUGUGCAGAUCCUCAUCAAGCAACAACUGGUUGGUUACUCUCGAGGGUAUUACAACAUCUAGAAGAAAAUGGGGAGGCUGAGGCUGCUUCUCGUCUUGUUUCUUUAUGCUGCUGCAGCCGCAGCAGCAGCUUGCUGCUGUCACCGCAGCAGCAAGACUGGAUAGAUGCGCUGCUGCAGGACAGAAGCAGACCUCUGUCUUUGCUGCCUGAGGGUUUACACCUUUGCUGCUUCUAUGCUGCAGUACCUGUCACGGAGUCUGCUGCUGCUGCUCCUGCAGCAGCAGCAGCAGCAGCAGCAGCAGCACCGACAAGAAGUACUCUAGCGUGUGCUUCUGGUGCGGUUUCAGAGUCUAAGAGUGCAGCAACAGCAGCAGCAGCAGCAGCAGCAUCUGUUGCUGCAGCAGCAGCAGCAGGGAGAUCAUCUGCUGCUGCAAGUCGUCAAGUUUGGGAGCAGCAGCAACUCAGGGGGCAGCAGCAACAGCAGCAGCAGAAGCAGAAGCAGCAGCAGCAGCUCCUUGCGCGGGGUGCAUCAGGUCCCAAGGAAUCUCUUUCGGGUGAUUUAGCAGCACUACUACGUUAUCAUGGUACAUUUAGUGAGGAAAUAGUUCGUUUUAUAGCAGCAGAAGUCUUAUUAGGUCUACAGGAGCUGCAUAUACACCGUGUGGUGUAUAGGGACCUCAAGGCAGCAAAUGUACUUAUUGAUCUUGAUGGUCAUUGUACACUUGCAGACUUCGGUCUUGCUAAAAAACUUACAGGACAUAUAAGAAGGACAUAUUCUUUUUGUGGUAGUCCUGAGUAUCUUAGUCCAGAGAUGCUACUAGGAACUGGCCAUGACCAUAGUGUAGAUUUAUAUGCAUUAGGUUGUUUAUUAUACGAGAUGGUUGUUGGUGUUCCUCCCUUCUUUGCUGCUAAUCGUAAUGUUAUGUAUAUGAAAAUUAUGCAAGGUCGUCUAACAUUUCCUUCUUCUUGUAUAAUAUCAAUAGAAUUAAAGAAUUUAAUUUCUUCUUGUUUAUGUUAUGAUCCUUUAUUAAGGAUUGGUGCAUGCGGAGGUAGUUCAUCAAUAGAAGGUGCAGGAGCUAUGCCUGCUGAUGCAGCACAGCAAGUUGCUGCUGCUCCUGCUGCUGCAGCAGCAGCAGCAGAAGCUGCAACAGCACCAGCAGAACCUGCCCAAGCUGCAACAGCAGCAGCAGCAGAACCUGCACAAGCUGCAGCAGCAGCAGCAGAACCUGCACAAGCUGCAGCAGCAGCAGCAGCAGGACCAACAGAAACAACGGCAAUAGAGGAAACGCCAGUAUCACAAGUAACAGCAGCAGCAGCAACGGAAACAGCAGCAGCAACGGGAGCAGCAGCAGCAGAGGCAGCAGAAAUAGCAGCAGAAGCAGCUGCAGCAGCAGAACCAGCAGCAGCAACAACAACAACAGAAGAUGAUGGUGUUUCCCCUGCAGCUAUUGUAUCUGCUGCUAGUAGCAGCAGUGCUGCAGCAGUUUCUGCUGCUGCUGUUCCUUUUGCUGUAGCCCCUGCUGCUGCUGCAGCUCCUGCCGCAGCUCCUGCUGCUGCUGCAGCUCCUGCUGCUGCUGCAGCUCCGCGGGUUGUAUGUAAAGGAAUUGCUGCAGCAGAAUAUGAGGCCCUCUCUUUGAGUGUAGCAGCAAGUAGAAGCUGCUGCGUAGAGGAGGAAGGCAGCAGCAGCAGCAGCAACAGCAACAGCAGCAACAGCAGCAGCAGCAACAGCAGCAGCAGCAACAGCAGCAGCAGCAGCAGCAGCAAGACGCAAAGACGAAGAGGCAGCCCUGAUGUUGGAGGCUCUGCAUGCAUCGACGGUUCCAAGGACAAGGAAGCUUUCCUUACCUCGUGUUGCUUCUCUAGCAGCGCAGCGGCGGCAGCAGCGGGAGAAAAUGAAUACAAAUGA